AGCGGAGGGAAACCCCACCCGCUUCCCGCCCGAACACCCAAACCGGCCGCCGGCCGCCAACGAUCUCCGGCGAUGUCGGCCGCUUUCGCCGCCAGCCAGCCCUCCUCGCAGCAACCCGCUCCGCCCACCGCCGAUUCCGUCCUCCGCCUCGCCUCCCGCGACCCCUCCGCCGCGGAGUCCCUCCUCCCAGCCCUCCCGCACGACGCCCUCGCCGACCUCCUCUCCUCGCUCUCCGCCGCCUCCCCUGCGAACCACCUCGCCCUCCUCCCUGCGCUCCUCUCGCUCUCGCCCUCCCCCUCCGCCGCAACCGACGCGCUCUCCGCCCUCCUUUCCGCUCCCAGCUGGCCCUCCGCCACCCUCCUCGCCGUCGCCUCCCUCCUCCGGGACCUUCCGCCGGCCUACCGCACCCGCGUCCCCGCCUUCCUCGGGAAGAUCCUCUCCCUGCUCCCCAGUGCCGAUGCCCAGGACCUCCCCGCGCUCGCCUACCAGCUCCUCCUCCUCGCGUCCAAGCCGCUCCACCCGCGCGCCGUCCUUGCCGGCCUCCUCCGCUACUUCGGCGGUCGCGGCGGCGCCCGCGUGCGCGCGCCGCCGUCCAUCGCGCGGCAGGUCGAGGGCACCGUGCUGAUGCACGUCGCCUUCGCGGUCAAGCAGGACCCUGCACUGGCUAGGGAGGUCGUGGCCGCCGUCAAGUCCGAUGCCUCGGGCGCUCUCAGUGGGUUCGCGGUGGCCGUGCUGCUGUCCGUGGCGCGCGUGCGGAGGUUCAAUGAGGGUGCCGUGGGUGCGCUCCGGGACGCGGCCACCAUGUCCCGCCAGGAUUACCGGUUGUCCAGGCGCUGCAAAUGGUUGCCGGGUUCUCUUAAAGAAGAAUGCGCACGGGCUGCUCAUUGUGUCGAGAAGGCAUUGCUAAAAGCUGUCGAUGAGAGCAUAGGUGGGAGGGAGCACAUUUUGCCGAGCAUCGUUCAGGUGGGCUUUCUCCUAUUAGAAGUCUCAGAUAGUGAUCGAGGGGUGGAAGAUGGCUUAGACAAAGGGGUUAUGAGCACCGAAGAUAUUGGUGUUAAUAUGCUCAACUCAUUGUUUGAGAUCCACGAAAUGGCACGGACUGAGAUAAUUGAACAGUGCAAGUUCUGGAUUCUCUCGGCAAAACCUCAGCAAAGUGCACCAGUUCUCAGGUUGCUUGGAUGCUUGAUUCAGAGUCAUUCAUUUCCAAUGCUGGGAUACAUCGCACACCUGAAGGAGUUGCUAGAUUAUUUUGCUUUCAUGAAUGACAAGAUAUCAACUGGUUUGAUCAACUGCAUCUUGCCACUCACAAAGUUCAGCCGUGAUCUGAAGGAUUACAUAAUACUUGUUGUAAGGAAAGCCAUGUUCAAGAGGGAGGACAUGGUCCGAAUUGCAGCUACAAAUGCUAUAGUUGAGCUGAUUAUCACAGAAAGUAAGUAUAUGAAAAAUGAAGCCAAUCCUUUUGAGGAUUCGUCAAGCCAGCCAAGCUCUAGCCAGCAGCCUGAAACACAUCUAGAGUUUGGUGGAGGUCUCUUUCAAGAACUAAGUGGAUUGCUUCGCAGAUGUCUCUCACAACAGGCCAGAGUCAAAGAGGUAUUGUAUGAGGGUCUCAUACGAAUUGUUACCUUUGAUCCAGUUGUUGCUGACAAUGUUCUUGAUUUUAUCUGGCCUCACUUCCUAAAUUAUUACAUGGAGGAUGCAGAAUGCCCUCUUAAAAUUGAUUCAUGCUUUAAGGUAGAGAAUGGCAAACUAUGCAUUGUUGAACCUUUAGAUUGCCUGCUAUCAUGUAUCUCAAACAUUCUGCGAGUUCAGCAAAUUAGUAAAUGUGAACGGCCACGUGAUGCAUAUUGGAAGUGCUUUGGUUUUGCCACAUCACAAGAUAAUGAGGCUGGAAGAGCAUCAUCAAGUGACUUGUUCAUGAAAGCUUUGUCAAGCAUCCAAAAGUAUUUGAGGAAAUCCCUCACAGAAGAUCAACAAGGACAAAGCCAAGAAGCUGGCUCUCUUUCUUCAGCAUCGGAGAUGACUCACUGUCAUAACUUUGCUAUGCUCGGAAUCAUUGAGGUUUUUGUUGAUUUUGCUGCUUCAAAACUAGAUAAAGCCUCUUAUGAAUCAAAGCAGAUGAUAGAAAAAGAAAUACUGGAGCUUGUUGAUGCGCACAGUGGCUUUGAGAGAAAAACAAGCAUCGGUAGGGAGAAGAUUGCGAGGAGAAGAGGGAAUGCAGAUGAUGCUACAGAUAAGCACACCAAUGAACCCAAGGAAGAUUUAAAUGCUUCAUUGCAGAAACUUCAUGAAAAGAGGGGUAAAUUUAUGGAUUCGAGUUUAUAUGAACUUGCAGUAAUGUGUGUCAAGCAGUGCAAUGCUGAUAACUACGAGAAAUGCGGUCAGCGCCCUAGCCAAACUGAAUUGAACCAGAGCUCCACUCUGGUAUCUUUUGUACUGAAAGCCUGUCUUGAAUUCUUCAAAUCACUUGCAGCAAAGGAAAGUGGGGAAAUUAUUAGAAAUCAGCGGACACCUCUGUGUGAAGAUGUGAAAAAGUUAAUUCAGCCAAUAAUGCAGCUCAUAUGGUGUCUUAUGUUAGACUCAAAGCAAACAAAUGGUGGAACCAAGAGGAACAUGACCCAAGGAAAGAAAAACAUUGAAAAUAAAAAGGACCAAUUAUAUUUGGCAUUGGCAUGCUUAAAAGAACUCCUUAAGCCAAGUGUAUCAGGAGGUCAUUCUGGUGAUAUAAUUGAGGUACUGAUAUCUUCAGCUCCAACAAAUAUGGAGGAUAUGAUGGAUGCUGGCCAGCUUGACAAGAAUGACGUCAUGAUGGUUGAAGAUCAAAGCAAUAAAAAUGCUCAUGUGUUUCUGAACAUAUUGAAGAUGCUAUAUGCUCGAGUUCUUUCCCAAUCACUUUUACGUGAAUGCGAGGCUGUAACUGAAUUGAUUUUGGGCAUAUCAAGGAAAAUGCAUCUUGAACAAAGGCAUCUUGUUGGAAUUUGGGCUGCAGAUCUAUGUAGAAAGAAAAAUGUGCAAAGUCCUAGUACUGCACGAAAGGUGGUCAAACUCGCUGUCGAUCUUACACCAGCUCCAGAUGACAUGAUUCUUGUGUAUGAGAUGACCAGCGAGUUGAAGAAGUUAACCUCCAUAGAUGAGGGAUCUAGAGAUUCUUCGGAUACAUUUCAUAUCAUCAAUUGUAAAACAAAGAAUUCACUUGCUGCUGUCUUUCUUCAAAUGGUUGAAUCAUCUCUUACUGAAUUGGACUGGGGUCUUGGUAAGCUUAAAGCAAUGCUUACAUUAGGUUAUGAUUAUGCUAACAUCGAUGAAGAUCAGCCAGCAGAUGAAAGAAUGCAAAGGCUGGAUUUGGAGGAAGCACUCUACUCAAGAUCAACAUUUGUAGUUCAUGUCCUCUCUUCUUUUGCAAAUAUGAGCCUCAAAGAUACUCAAGCAGAACAGUUUCUGAAACUUACUGCAAAGUUCUACAAGCUCUUAACUCGCAUGUCGAAGUCCCAGAUUGCACCUAAGGGCUACAACACCAUUCCAAGUCUCAAGUUUCAGAAACUGGCAGAAGCAACGUGCAGGAUGCUCACUGCUCCACUUUAUGGCUUCGUCUCUUUAGUUCAAGAGAAUCAGCAAACAUCCAAAAAGGGGAUCCUCGCCAAGAUUAGGAGAGAAAGCAAAUGCAUUCCUGAUCUUAUUUUUCAGAUCGAAGAUUAUGAGAAAUACCUAAUCCAGCUAAGCAAACUCACAAAGGUGAAUCUUUUGAGGCAUGCUAAGCGCAGCGUAGCAAGAGAUUUCCAGAUCAAAACAAAGGAGAAAUCUGGAGAACAACAACAGGAAGAGGAUCGGACUCCAGCCUGUGCUGCAUCACCUGAAAAUGAGCAUGACGAGGAUGCAGAAGGUCCAUACCCUCCAGUUGAAGCUAAUGCCGAUGAAAACAUUAGGCCCAGUGCACAAUGUGGUAGUCCCGUCCAGGGCUCCGAAUCUGAUGGAGAAGAGGAAGAAAUUUCAGCACGAAGUAAGAGGGCCAAGACAAACCAAAUUGUGCAGGAUUCUGAUGAAGUGGAAGAUGAAUAGAGUUUUCUAUAGAUGGUAGUUCAAAGCAUAUCUAUAGACAACAUCAAGACAAGGAGGAUAGAUCAGAUGUAAAUAGAUGGUUUUCCAAAGUUUUGUAGGUCAUCAUGUGUAUUAUAGAUGAUUACAUAGAUGUAAAAUAGAUGUUUACGCUCUUCCUUGGUUACAGUUUUUGUCGUGAAUUUGCACACUAAGAG